CCAUUUAAAAAAAUAAAGUAAAAUGUUUAAAGAAAAUCAAAUAAAUUAUUACAAAAGUGAUAUAAAUUUAAAAGAAUUGAUAGAUAUUCAAAAUUUAAAAGCAAACGAUGAAGCUUUAUUUGUGUGUGAUCUGGAAAAGGUUAAAGAAAAAUAUGAAACCUGGAAUAAACUCAUGCCACGCAUAAAACCAUAUUAUGCUGUUAAAUGCAAUGACGAUGAUUGCAUAGUGAAAACAUUGGCCGAUUUGGGAACUAAUUUUGAUUGUGCUUCGAAAAAUGAAAUCAAACAAGUUUUGGAAUUGGGUGUCGAUCCCGCACGCAUAAUAUUUGCUAAUCCCUGUAAACCCGUUUCGCAUUUGGAAUAUGCCAAAGAGAACAAUGUAAAAUCCAGUACAGUGGAUACAGAAUUUGAGAUCUACAAAAUACACAAAACUUAUCCGGAAUCAAAUCUGGUAAUACGAUUCCGCUGUGAAGCCAAAGAUGCUCAGUGCCCUUUAGGCGAUAAAUUUGGCUGUGAUGCCGAAAGUGAUGCUACAGCUCUUAUGUUGUUAGCGAAAAGUUUAAAUUUAAAUGUCAUUGGCUGUAGUUUCCAUGUGGGCUCGGGUUGUAAUGAUUUUCCCGCCUACGAUCGUGCCAUAACAACAGCUAAAAAUCUAUUUCAAUUUGGUGCUUUAUUGGGUUACGAAAUGAAUUUACUUGAUAUUGGAGGUGGUUUUCCGGGUAGUGAUGAUAAGAAAUUUGCCACUAUUGCUGAAAUUGUUAAUAAAUCCAUUGGUCGCCAUUUUCCCGAUGAUAAUGUUAAUAUUAUAGCGGAACCGGGCAGAUUUUUUGUGGCCUCCGCUUUUACUUUGAUUUGUAAAAUUCAUGCCAAAAGGGAGGCUAGAGCUCCCAAUGGUAAAUUACUUACUAAAAUGUACUAUUUAAAUGAUGGCGUCUAUGGAUCAUUCAAUUGUAUUUUGUACGAUCAUCAGCAUGUAACAGUGGAGCAUUUUUUGGAUGAUGGAACUGUUAAUCUACCCAAAUUCAACACUUUAAUUUGGGGUCCUACUUGCGAUGCUUUGGAUAAGAUUGCUGAAGAUUUACAACUGCCCGACUUAAAAUGUGGUGAUUUCUUGGCCUUUCCCAAUAUGGGUGCUUACACGGUGCCCAUUGCCAGUCCCUUCAAUGGCUUUAUGUUGCCAAAAAUUUUAUACUUUCAAAAAUUGCAAAUAUGACAAAUAUUUCACAAUAAAAUAUUAUUAUUAUGCAGCCUAA